AUGUGGCGCGUUCCCGGUCUGCUCUGCGUGCACGUUGCAAGGAACAGCAAGUUCUCCGGACCUUGGAACAGGCCUGCCGCCUUCAUGUCCACUCUGCUCAUCAAUCAGCCCCAAUAUGCUUGGCUGAAGGAGCUGAGGCUCCGCGAGGAAAACGACGGCGUGUAUAAUGGAAGCUGGGGAGGCCGGGGAGAGGUUAUCACCACCUAUUGUCCUGCUAACAAUGAGGCCAUUGCAAGAGUCAGGCAGGCCAGCAUGGCUGACUAUGAGGAAACUGUAAAGAAAGCAAGAGAAGCAUGGAGCAUCUGGGCAGAUAUUCCUGCUCCAAAGCGAGGAGAUGUAGUGAGACAAAUUGGUGAUGCCUUGUGGGAGAAGAUCCAAGUACUAGGAAGCUUGGUGUCUUUGGAGAUGGGGAAGAUCUUGGUGGAAGGUGUGGGAGAAGUUCAGGAAUACAUGGAUGUUUGUCAUUAUGCUGUUGGCUUAUCUCGGAUGAUUGGGGGACCCAUCUUGCCUUCUGAAAGACCUGGCCAUGCUCUCAUUGAACAGUGGAAUCCUGUAGGCCUGGGUGGAAUCAGCACUGCAUUCAACUUCCCUGUGGCCGUGUACCACAGCGCCAUUGCCAUGAUCUGUGAGAAUGCCUGCCUUUGGAAAGGAGCUCCUACAACUUCUCUCAUUAGUGUAGCUGUUACAAAGAUAAUAGCCAAAGUUCUGGAGGACAACAAGCUGCCUGGUGCAAUUUGUUCCUUGACUUGCCGUAGAGCAGAUAUCGGCACAGCAAUGGCCAAGGAUGAGCGAGUGGACCUGUUGUCCUUCACCGGGAGUACGCAGGUGGGAAAACAGGUGGCCCUUAUGGUACAGGAGAGGUUUGGGAGAAGUUUAUUAGAACUUGUAGGAAACAAUGCCAUUAUAGCUUUUGAGGAUGCGGACCUCAGCUUAGUCGUCCCCUCAGCUCUCUUUGCAGCCGUGGGGACAGCCGGCCAGAGGUGUACCACCGCGAGGCGCCUGUUCUUACAUGAAACCAUCCAUGAUGAAGUUGUCAAUAGACUUAAAAAGGCCUACGCACAGAUCUGUGUUGGGAACCCUUGGGACUCUAACGUUCUCUAUGGGCCACUCCACACCAGACAGCCAGUAAGCAUGUUUCUUGGAGCAGUGGAAGAAGCAAAGAAAGAAGGUGGCACCAUUGUCUAUGGUGGCAAGGUUAUGGAUAGCCCUGGAAAUUACAUAGAACCGACAAUUGUGACAGGUCUUGACCAUGACACAUCCAUCGUACACACAGAGACUUUUGCCCCGAUUCUUUAUGUCUUUAAAUUCAAGAAUGAAGAUGAGGUCUUUGCAUGGAAUAAUGAAAUCAAACAGGGACUUUCAAGUAGCAUCUUUACCAAGGAUAUGGGCAGACUCUUUCACUGGCUUGGACCAAAAGGAUCAGAUUGUGGCAUUGUAAACGUCAACAUUCCAACGAGUGGGGCUGAGAUUGGAGGUGCAUAUGGAGGGGAGAAACACACUGGCAGGGGCAGGGAGUCGGGCAGUGACGCCUGGAAGCAGUACAUGAGAAGAUCUACUUGUACCAUCAACUACAGUAAGGACCUUCCUCUGGCCCAAGGAAUCAACUUUCAGUAAAAACGUGCUUUAAAUUGACAUUUCAAGCUUUUUACGCAUUGUUGUAACUCCUUCUUCUGAAGAAGACAAAGAAAAUGAGUGUUUGCCUUGAAUAAAUGCAUCAUUUUGAAUAUGA